GCCGCCGCUGCAGCUGCCGACUCGGAGCUUUCGCCGGCCAGGCUGGGCCCCCUCCAUGGACGUCCAGCGGCUUUGCAACGGCCCGGCCGGCUCGGAGCCCUUCUGGGACUUGAAUGUCACAUGGCACACGGAGCAUCCGGAUUUCACCAAGUGCUUUCAGAACACCGUCCUCGUCUGGAUCCCUUGCAUUUACCUCUGGGCUUGCUUCCCAAUCUACUUCGUUUACCUCCGCCGCCAUGACAAGGGUUACAUCCAAAUGUCGCAUCUCAACAAAGCCAAAACCGCCUUAGGCCUCUUAUUGUGGAUGGUCUGCUGGGCAGACCUCUUCUACUCUUUCUGGGAAAGAAAUCACAACGUUCUCCGAGCUCCUGUGUUUUUAGUUAGCCCUACGAUUCUGGGCAUAACAAUGCUGCUAGCCACGUUUUUGAUACAGUACGAGCGGAUCAAAGGAGUUCAGUCUUCCGGAGUCAUGCUUCUUUUCUGGAUUAUUGCACUCCUCUGUGCUAUCAUAACUUUUAGAUCAAAAAUAAUGCACGCCUCCCGUACGGGUGCUACAGUUGAUGUAUUUCGCUAUGUUACCUUCUACAUCUACUUCACUUUGGUGCUAAUACAGCUGAUACUGUCCUGUUUUCCUGAACGUCCACCCUUAUUUUCGGAAACCGUUCACGUCCCAAACCCGUGUCCGGAGGCCAGUGCGUCUUUUCUGUCCAAGAUCACGUUCUGGUGGAUCACUGGGUUGAUGGUUCAGGGAUAUCGUCACCCGUUGGAAGCAAAAGAUUUGUGGUCGUUGAACAAGGAGGACAUGUCGGAAGAAGUGGUGCCAGGUUUGGCCAGGAAUUGGGCCAAGGAGUAUGCGAAGGCAAAGAGGCUGCCAAUGCCAAUGAUGUACUCUCCCAAGAAGCCAGCGAAAUCGAGCAGCUCAAACGGAGACGUGACGGAAGAGGCAGAAGCUCUGAUUAUCCAGCCUUCCCAAAGGGAGAAAGAACCGUCCCUCUUCAAGGUGUUAUACAAGACUUUCGGGCCGUACUUCCUCAUGAGCUUCCUGUUCAAGGCCUUUCAUGAUCUGAUGAUGUUUGCAGGGCCUAAAAUCUUGGAGUUGCUCAUUAACUUUGUCAACGACGAAAAAGCCCCAAAUUGGCAAGGCUACCUGUACACAGCGCUGCUCUUUGUCUCGGCCGGUUUUCAGACGCUGGUCCUCCACCAGUACUUCCAUAUUUGUUUCGUGACGGGAAUGAGGCUUAAAACCGCUGUGAUUGGUGCCGUCUAUCGAAAGGCCUUGGUCAUCACUAACUCAGCAAGGAAGACGUCCACCGUUGGGGAGAUCGUCAAUCUGAUGUCGGUGGACGCCCAGAGGUUCAUGGACUUAGCGACCUACAUCAACAUGGUCUGGUCUGCACCUCUCCAAGUUAUCCUGGCAUUGUAUCUGCUGUGGCUGAAUUUAGGUCCCUCCGUGUUAGCGGGUGUGGCAGUCAUGUUGCUCCUGGUUCCAGUGAAUGCUGUGAUAGCAAUGAAAACAAAAACCUAUCAGGUUGCUCACAUGAAUAGUAAAGACAACAGGAUUAAGCUGAUGAAUGAAAUUCUCAAUGGGAUCAAAGUGCUAAAACUUUACGCCUGGGAAUUAGCCUUCAAAGAAAAAGUCCUUGGGAUCAGACAGCAAGAACUGAAGGUUCUCAAAAAGUCUGCUUACCUCGCUGCGGUGGGAACGUUCACGUGGGUGUGUGCCCCGUUCUUGGUUGCAUUGUCAACGUUUGCUGUGUACGUGACGAUUUCGGAGAAGAACGUCCUGGAUGCUCAGAAGGCGUUUGUUUCUCUGGCAUUGUUCAAUAUCCUCCGGUUCCCCCUGAACAUUCUCCCCAUGGUCAUCAGCAGCAUGGUGCAAGCAAGCGUGUCUCUGAAGCGUCUCCGGGUCUUCCUGUCGCAUGAAGAGUUAGAUCCAGACAGUAUCGUCAGAGGCUCCAUCAAAGACUCUGAUGGCAACAGCGUUAUCGUGAAGAACGCCACCUUCAGCUGGUCAAGAAGUGAUCAGCCGUCCGUGAAUAACGUCAGUUUCGCAAUACCAGAACGCCGCUUGGUCGCCGUUGUCGGCCAGGUCGGUUGCGGCAAAUCCUCCCUGUUGUCAGCGCUUCUGGGAGAAAUGGAGAAGCAGGAAGGACACGUCUCCCUCAAGGGCUCCGUUGCCUACGUCCCCCAGCAAGCGUGGAUCCAGAACGCAACUCUGAAGGAGAACAUUGUGUUUGGAAGGAACGUGCAGGAGCGCCAGUAUCAGCGUGUGGUGGAGGCCUGUGCCCUUCUGCCGGACUUGGAGAUUUUCCCUUCGGGAGACCAAACCGAAAUUGGAGAAAAGGGCGUGAACCUGUCUGGCGGCCAGAAGCAGAGGGUCAGCCUGGCUCGAGCCGUCUACUCCGACGCGGAUGUUUACUUGCUAGACGACCCCUUGUCUGCGGUUGAUGCGCACGUUGGGAAGCACAUUUUUGACAAAGUCAUUGGACCAAAAGGAAUCCUGAAAGGCAAAACUCGGGUUCUGGUAACCCACGGUGUCAGUUAUCUGCCCUUGAUGGAUACAAUUAUCGUUAUGACGGAAGGCAAAAUAUCAGAGAUGGGAUCUUACCAAGAGCUGCUAGAGCAAGACGGAGCCUUUGCCGAGUUCCUGCGCACGUACGCCAGCGCAGAGCAGAACGUGGACGGUGAAGAUGCAAACAGCCCAGCUGUAAAGGAAGGGAAACGCCUAGAAAACGGAGUCCUUGUAAACGAAGCCUCAGGGAUACAAGUGAAGAGGCAACUCAGCAACUCCUCCACGUACAGCGGCGAAACUGGGAAGUCCAUGCAGCAGAACAGCACAGCUGAGCUACAGAAGACGCCAGCAGAAAAGAGUAGUUGGAAAUUAACAGAAGCUGAUACUGCCAGGACUGGGAAGGUGAAGGCGAGCGUCUACUGGGAAUACAUGAAAGCCAUUGGACUCUUCAUCACCUUCCUGAGCAUCUUCCUCUUCAUCUGCAACCACGUGGCCUCCCUGGCCUCCAACUACUGGCUCAGCUUGUGGACUGACGACCCCGUCAUCAACGGGACGCAGCAGCACACGGAUCUCCGGCUGAGCGUGUACGGCGCGCUGGGCAUGUCUCAAGGUGUCGCCGUAUUUGGCUACUCGAUGGCGGUUUCGAUGGGAGGAAUAUUCGCUUCCCGCCGUCUCCACGUUGACUUGCUCCACAACGUCCUUCGCUGCCCGAUCCGGUUUUUUGAGCGGACGCCCAGCGGGAACUUGGUCAACCGGUUCUCCAAAGAAAUCGACACCAUCGACUCGAUGCUGCCCCAGAUCAUCAAGAUGUUCAUGGGCUCCAUGUUCAACGUCAUCGGCGCCUGCAUCAUCAUCCUCUUGGCCACGCCGGUCGCCGCCGUGGUCAUUCCUCCGCUGGGAUUCGUCUACUUCUUUGUGCAGCGGUUCUAUGUUGCCACGUCCCGCCAGCUGAAACGCCUGGAGUCGGUCAGCCGCUCCCCGGUUUAUUCUCACUUCAACGAGACGCUUCUGGGCGUCAGCGUCAUCCGAGCCUUUCAAGAGCAGAAGCGGUUCAUGAAGCAGAGUGACCUGAAGGUGGACGAGAACCAGAAAGCCUACUUCCCCAGCAUCGUUGCCAACAGGUGGCUGGCAAUUCGCCUGGAGUUCGUGGGGAACUUCAUCGUCCUCUUCGCAGCCCUCUUUGCCGUCAUCGCUCGCCACAGCCUUAGCCCAGGAUUGGUCGGGCUCUCCAUCUCCUAUUCGCUGCAGAUCACCACGUACUUAAAUUGGUUGGUUCGCAUGUCGUCCGAGAUGGAGACCAACAUCGUAGCUGUGGAAAGAGUCAAAGAAUACUCCGAAAAGGAAAAAGAGGCAGAGUGGACUAUCAAGCAGACCGCCCCACCGAGCAGCUGGCCUCACGAAGGCAAGGUGGAGUUCAGAGGCUACGGCCUUCGCUACAGAGACGACAUGGAUUUGGUUCUGAGGAACAUCAACGUCAGUAUAAGCGGAGGAGAGAAGGUGGGCAUCGUUGGAAGGACCGGAGCUGGGAAGUCGUCCCUCACCCUCGGCUUGUUUCGGAUCAACGAGGCGGCCGAAGGGGAGAUUCUCAUCGAUGGGAUUAACAUUGCUAAAAUCGGCCUCCAUGACCUUCGCUUCAAGGUCACAAUUAUCCCUCAGGACCCCAUCCUGUUCUCUGGCUCCCUGCGUAUGAAUCUGGACCCUUUCGACCAAUACUCUGACGAAGACGUCUGGAGGUCUUUGGAACUUGCUCACUUGAAAAGCUUUGUGUCGACACUCCCAGAUAAACUCAGUCAUGAAUGUUCAGAAGGGGGAGAAAACCUCAGCGUCGGGCAGCGGCAGCUCGUGUGCCUCGCUCGGGCUUUGCUCCGGAAAUCCAAAAUCCUGGUCCUAGAUGAAGCCACGGCUGCUGUGGACCUUGAAACAGACAACCUCAUCCAGUCCACCAUCCGGACCCAGUUUGAAGAGUGCACAGUCCUGACAAUAGCCCAUCGGUUGAACACCAUCAUGGAUUAUACACGGGUGAUUGUUCUCGAUAAAGGCGAAAUUGUGGAGUGUGGUUCUCCUGCCGUUCUAAUCCAGAAGAAAGGCAUUUUCUACAGUAUGGCCAAAGACUCGGGCUUGGUCUAACGUUGAGGCUGCACCCUCUCUCACCGUGGGGGUGAAGUGCAGGGCCAGUGAACGGGAUGGCAGCAUUUGUCAGAAACCCCUUGCUGCGAUACUCAAGCCAAAUAAUUCCACUUUAAGAAACAGAUUUUUGCAGUGUGACGGAGAAUCACAGAACGUGCAAUCUGCCCCCACCCAGGGUCCUUUCAAGGGUUAUUUUGCAAGCCCGUGGUAGUUGAUGGGUAGGUUGUGUGCUUCGGCCAAAGCCCAAAGUUUAGGUUUUAUCUAGGGCUCCAAAGUCUUACAAAGCAGUAGGACCAAACUCUUUUGAGUCCUCUGAGAAAAGGCUUAACCUCACACGUGCAUUUGAAGUGUGCUCUGUCAUCCCAUUUUUGUGGGAAGACUCUCCUGGAAAUGCAAGGUAAUUUCCCUCUGGAAAUCCUGCAUUUCCAAGGCAGGAGCCUCAGAGCCGCUGUGAGAGGCGAGCGGCACAGUCCAGAGGUUUCAUGCCACGUACCUCACCAUGCGCUGGAGCCGAGGGAGGGAAGGCGGGAGGAUUUCCCCUUGGUGGGUCGUGGUGCUCACCGGAUUUAAAACAUUGUGCUCGGCAUGGAAAGCAAACACCAAAAAAACCCACCACACCCCGUUCUGCUGGAUCUAGCUUGUCUUGGUGACUGAGGAAAGAAUGAAGACAGAAGAUGGGGGGUUUGUGUUCGUGCUCACAGGAAGACUGGAUGGUUUGUUCCAGCAGGUUGCUUUUUGCUUUGAACAGCUUUCGUCUGUACCAUAGGAGUGUGUUGUUGCUUUUCCUGUGGAUGAAAGAAUCAACCCAACAGGCUCCUGAUGCCAAUGCCAAAAAGCAGGGAACACCCAAUGACUUCUGGUUUCCAUUUCCGAAGGUCCUUCCCCCCCCCCCCCCCCAGUUUCUCUCACCUGGGAAGGAACUGCAACAGAAGAUGCGUUUCUUGCAUUGUCCAUAGUCUCAUUUUAUUGAAGGAAAAUCGAGUAUCCGUGCAUCUAAAUGCUCACCCAGGAACUGUGGACUUUGAAUUACGUUGCUGACCUUUUUUUUUUUUUUCCUUUCAAACUAGACAUGCGCCUUUUCUUAGAAAUGAAGUUAUUUAUUUUAUUUUUUUGUAAAUACACUUCUCUAAAGUUUAAAUAGACCGAUAUUUACUUUGGUAUUUUUGUAAUGACUCAUGGAAAGAGCUUUCAGUAAAUUUCUUUGUUUGGAGAA